CCGUGACCUGCAGGGCCGGUGCUCCCGACAUGGCGCGGGUGCUCUGGUGCCUUGCAGCAGUUGCGGCAGGAGUGAAGCUGAAUGAAGAUGCAGCUCCUUUGGAACUGCAAAGUCAGCACCUGGCUCGAGUCCAGGCCAAGGCCGAGCUGGCGCAACUGAAAGAGCAAGUAGCUCUUGCUGGAGAGGAGGAAUUGGAGGUCCAAGAGAAACUGGCCGAGUCUCAGGAGCGUGUGGCAGCCUUGCGGCAGAAGCUCCAAGAUCUCGGCAACGGAUCUCCGGCUCCGCUGUCCUUUCUGCAGACGAACAGCGACUCUCAGCUCCACGCCAUCCAGAAGAAGCUGACGGAAGAGGAGGACCGUGUGGAGGUCACGCGCCUCUUGCUGCGACAGAAGCAGCGCAAGCUCGCGAAAGAAAAAGAGAAGUUGCAACUUCUGCAAAAGCUACAGCAUAAGAUGCAGGCAACUGCACACGAACGUGAAAAGGUGCUGGUGGAGACCCAUCAUCUUCUGGAUACUCCCAUGUUCGAGAACAGCAAUUUGCCUGCACCAGAGGCCAAAAUCCAAGUGCCACAAGAUGCAGAGGAGCAGUCUCAGCGGAAGUCGCAGAUCGCCGUCGGCCGCGCCAUCGAGGAUGCGAAAUUCGCGAAGGCGCAGACGGAAGAGCUGACCAGUCUUCUGGCAGAACAAGGAUCCAAGCUGAACGAGUUGAAGAGAAAGGCUGCAGAAAGUGAGCAGCACUUCCAAAAGCUGCAGCAAGAGAGGCAGCGCUUGGAGAAGUCCCUGGAACGCUCCAAGGAGCUGCGCCACAGCGAUGAGACCUUCGCAGCGCUGAAGGCAAAACAAGACGCCCAGGCUGCCUUGGAAGCGAAGGAGAAGGACUUGGAGGCCACGCAACUGGAAACAGCGAAGACAAAACAACAACUCCUCGAGGAGAAGGAAGAGCUCAAGAAGGAGCAAGAAUCCAUCGCACGUCUGGAAGACCAGUCGAAGGAAGAGGAAUCCAAGAUGAGCAAAGUGCAAGAGCAGGAGAGAGAGGUGGAAGAAAAGCGGAAGGCCUUAGAGGAAGAAAAGAACACUUUGGCCGAGGUGAAGAAGUUGAACCAGAAGUAUGAAGAUCUGCAAGUGAAGGCAGCCCAGGAGAAUGUGACGCUGCAAACAGUGCAGCAACAGCUGAUGCAAGAGCAGCAGCGAACACAAGAACUGGCGGAGCGUUCUCAACAACAACUGGAAGAAGAGCAGCGACAAGCCGAGGCUGAAGCCAAAGAUGCUGAGGAUGAGCUUGCAGAGGCAAGGAUGGAAGAGGAAGCAGAGUUUAAGGACCAGGAAGUGGCUCUGGAAAGGAAGUUCCGAGCACAGCAGGCGGCUUUGGAUAAGCAGUUUCAAGAGGAAGAGGCUGCCACAGAGGAACGAGAAAAGAAAAAGGCAUUCUACGCUCUGGAACCUUUGCGUGAGGAGAUCAAGAGUACUGAGGACACAGCCAAAGCUCGCAAACAGAAGAUCCAGGAGGAUGAAGAGGAUGUGCAAGCAGAGAUCAGCAAAUUGCAGGAAGACUUGGCCCGGGAAACCGAUGCACAGAAGAAGCGCCUCACAGAGCAUCAGUACGAGGUGCAAAGGAUGCAAAACAAGCACCUGAAGCUGCAGCGUGCAACGGAAGGAAAACUUCGAAAGAUGGACUUGCAGCUCAGCGGAUUGAAGUCUGAGAUGCCAGAGCAGCAUCGACAUUUGCAAGACGUGCAAGCAGAGUUGGCCAAGGCCAAGGAGCGCUUGGCCAAGGCGCAGCAUGGUUUGGCAGAAGAGAAGAGCUCCACCCAGAGGCGCUUGGAUGAGGUUGCCAAAGCUGCAGCAGCCAAAGAGUCAGAAACUGCACAAGAGCUGAGACAACUCAAGGAGCAAAAUGAAGCAGAAAUCAAGAAUUGGAAAGAGAAGGUGCAAGCAGCGCGCUUGGCCGGGCAGCAGGAACUUCAGUCUGUAGAGGCGAAGCUGGAGGCGCAGCGCCGGCAGCUCGAGGAGAACCACUUGGCAACUUCACGCAAGGCUGAGAUACUCCACAAAGCUUUGGACAAGGAUGAGGAGCAGUUGCAAAAGGCCCAGACCUAUUUGGCCAAGGAGAUGAAUGCCGCGGAAACAGCUGAGUCCAAGGUCCAGGCGUUGCCCAGCAUCAAGGAGAAGAAAAAUGUCGAAGAGGCGGUGUCGACCUGGCGCUCAGCUCUCAAAUCCGCGCUGGCCAAUGUCGGCUUGGGCAGCUGACCGUUGUACACCGAUUGGCGUUGACCAAAA